AUGAGUUUUACAGAAAGCUUUCGGACCUCCUCCAAAAAGCUAGGCGCUCUGAUAUAGUAAUAAUGGCUGGUGACUUCAAUGCUCAAGUAGGUAGACUAAGUGAAAAUGAAAGACACCUAGGUGGAUGUUAUGGUGUCGCGGCUCAAAGAACAGACAAUGGUGACCGUCUGUUGCAAGUAUGCUCAGACAACCGCCUAUUCUUAGCAAACACUAACUUUAGGCAUAAGGAAAAGCAUCUGUUGACCUGGCGACCUCCAAAGUCGUCUCAACGUUGGACUCAACUAGAUCACAUCGCCAUCAGCCACCGAUGGAGGGGUUCGAUAGAGGACUGUCGCUCGUUCUGGGGCACAUGUUUGGAUUCAGAUCAUGCUCUAGUGCGAGAGCGUAUUUGUUUGAAGCUUACUGGGCGUAGGAAAGACACCGUAAGAAAGCCUCUUAGGGUUUUACUUAAUGAUAAUAAGGCGAAGAAUAUAUUUCAGGAACAACUAGAAAGACAGUUAGGCGACCAUUUAAGCGAUUCCCAUCCGGAAGCAGGAUGGAAUGAUAUCAAAAAGGCUGUGGAAACAGCAGUGAUAUCUGCUAGUAAUGUUGACCAUAAGGCUAGAAUGAAGCCGUGGAUCUCUGUAGCAUCCACCGAUCUGAUGGAUACCCGAAAACUCAUUCCACCUGGC